UUAAGUGAGCUGCCGUUCCACCCUCUUUCUGUCUGUGCCUAUCUGCGUGCGGGAAGCUGAGGCUCUGUCCUGGGGUUAAGAUCUCUCUCUCACACACAGUCUGGCCAGCAGCCGGCUUGCCUUUCCCACCAGCAUGGCAGUCGUGGCGGUGCACAAGGGCAGUGCCCUUCCCUCGGCUGCCCAGACCCGCGGCUCUCUUUCCAGCUACCUGUGGCUCUGCAUUUGCUGCGGGCUUUGCCUCCUGCCGACCGCUCUGCUCGGGGCCGGGCUGCGCCCAGAGCGCUCGGCGGGCGUCCGGAUCGCACGGCGGCUGCACGGCGGAGAGCCAGCCGGCGGGCUCGGCGAGCAAGCCCGGGAGAAGCGGUCGGCUCCGCCGCAGGACUCGGCUCUGCUCAGCACCUCCUUCAUCCUCCGAGGAGACGCUUCGCACAACCAGGCGAUGGUGCACUGGACGGGAGAGAACAGCAGCGUGAUCCUGAUUCUAACCAAGUUGUACCAUUCGGAUAUGGGAAAAGUUUUGGAAAGUUCUUUGUGGAGGUCAUCAGAUUAUGGAACUACCUAUGUGAAACUGAACUUGCAGUCUGGCACUACCAACAUAAUAACCAAUUUCUACAUUUGCCCUGCAAACAAGAAAAAGAUAAUUCUUGUGAGUUCAUCAAUGAAUGAUCGUGAUCAGAGUCUCUUCAUGAGUACAGACGAGGGAGCAAACUUUCAAAGGCAGCAAAUUUUCUUCUCAGUAGAGACGUUGGUGUUUCACCCAAAAGAACAAGAUAAAUUGCUUGUGUACAGCAAGGAGGGUCGGCUAUAUUUUUCUGUUGAUCUUGGAAAGAAAUGGGAGUUAUUGCAGGAACAAGUGACAAAGGAACGAUUUUAUUGGUCUGUACCCAGAGUUGAUGGUGAUCCAGAUUUGGUUCACAUGGAAAUUCAGGAUAGCAGUGGAGCUUUUCUUUAUAUCACCUGCCAAAUUACAAACUGCACGGAGAAAGCUCUCAAAACCCAUUUUCCUGGAAACAUAGACCAGAAUUCGCUGCUUGUCAAUGAUGACUACAUUUUCGUUAAGGCAACCUCUGGAAAUCGGACAAAAUAUUUUGUCUCUUAUCGGCGGGGCGAGUUUAUUCAGAUGAAAUUGCCGAAAUAUGCCUUACCAAAGGAUACACAGAUCAUCAGUACAGAUGAGAAUCAGGUGUUUGUGGCUGUCAAGGAAUGGCAUCAAACAGACACUUAUAAUCUCUACUUGUCGGACCCAAAGGGCGUGUACUUCACUCUUGCUCUAGAGGAUGUCAGAAGUACCAAACAGCCAGAAGAAAAUGUUAUAAUCGAUAUUCAUGAGGUACAAGGAGUUAAAGGAGUUUUCUUGGCUAAUAGGAAAGUGAAUGGUAAAGUGAAAACUUACAUUACCUACAACAAAGGUCGUGAUUGGCAAUUAUUGACUCCACCUGCCACUGACAUGAAUGGCAAGCCAACCAACUGUCAUCUGCCAGAAUGCUCUGUCCACCUGCACUUGCGCUGGGCUGAUAACCCUUAUGUAUCAGGCACUGUUCACACCAAAGAUUCUGCACCAGGACUUAUUAUGGGAGCAGGAAACUUGGGUGCCCAGCUGGUUGAGUACAAGGAAGAUAUGUACAUAACCUCCGACUGUGGCAAUACAUGGAGGCAGGUAUUUGAGGAAGAGCAUCACAUUCUGUACCUAGAUCAUGGUGGUGUUAUUGUCGCCAUCAAGGACACCUCAAUCCCCCUAAAGAUACUAAAAUUCAGUGUAGAUGAAGGACAUACUUGGACAACACAUAAUUUUACCAGCACUUCCGUCUUUGUAGAUGGACUAUUGAGUGAACCAGGAGAUGAAACACUGGUUAUGACGAUCUUUGGUCACAUUAGCUUCCGCUCAGAUUGGGAACUGGUAAAAGUGGACUUCAGACCAUCCUUCCACAGACACUGUUUACCUGAUGACUAUGACUCCUGGGACCUAAUGAAUCAGGAUGAGUAUUGUAUCAUGGGAGAGAAGAGACAGUUCCGCAAGCGGAAAAUAUCGUCAUGGUGUAUUAAAGGAAAGAACUUCACAUCAGCCCUUUCGUCAAAACCUUGCCAGUGCACAGAAUUUGACUUUGAAUGUGAUUAUGGAUUUGAACAGCAAGCUAAUGGUAGGUGCGUCCCUGCAUUUUGGUACAACCCAGAUUCACCUUCUGAGGAUUGCAAGUUGGGACAGUCAUACACAAGAAGCUCUGGUUACAGGAAGGUGGCACUCAAUGUCUGUAAAGGUGGUUUGGACAAAAGGCAAGGUUCCAUGCAGUACAGAUGCCCGCUAAUGGCUCCCAGAGGUCUCCGAAUAGUCACAAAAGGAGAAAGGCUAGCAGUCAACCCUGGUGACGAUGUUACAUUCUUGAUUUCUCAGAAUCAGGGUGAUACAUUAAACACAAAGUAUCAGGUGGAUCUUGGAGAUGGUUUUAAGGCCAUUUAUGUCAACCUCACACUGAUGGAUGAACCAAUUCAACACAGAUACGAGAAACCAGGAAUCUACCGUGUCUCCGUCAAAGCAGAGAACAUUGCAGGGUCUGACGAAGCCAUGGUUUACAUUCAGGUGAACUCUCCAUUGCAGGUCGUGCAUCUGGAGGUACUGCCAGUCAUCCGCAGAAACCAGCAAGUGAAUCUGACAGCAUUAGUGCAGCCCAGCAACUCCAAUCUCACAGUCUUUCAGUGGUGGCUGGGAGACAGCCUUGAGCCUCGUCUCACCCUGGAAAACAGUCUCAUAACCAGCUUCAGCGAGAACAGUCAGAUUAAAGUCACAGUCCAGGCCUCCUGUGGUAGUUCCAUGGUCCAGGACUCUAAGGUGGUGAGGAUAUUUGAUCAGUUGGAAGUCCUACCUCUUGAAUUUUCUCAGAAUAUUGACAGUUACAAUCCUAAUGUGCCAGAAUGGAGAGAAGAUAUUGGGCAAGUUAUAUCAAGGAUUUUGGCAGAGACAACAGGCAUCCCUGAGGAAUUACUGCUGACAGUGGUAAGAAUAGGCUUACCCACCACAGCAGAACUGUACCUGCUCCCGCCACCGGAGAAACCAAAGAGGAAAAGGAGCGCAACCACUGACAAGGGAACUGAUUCUUUAAUAGAAGCUCUGACAGAAAGCCAAGUAAAAAUUUCUCUGAAACCAGGAGUUGAAGUGACUGUUACACUGGCAGAUUACAGAGCAGUUUCCCAGAAAAGCAUUGGAGGUAAAGGCUUGUGGGUUGUUGUGGUUAUGUUCGUGAUCUGCCUGCUCAUUGUUGGCGCUUUCAUCUUACACAAGUUGAAAAGGAAGAUACCUGGGCGGAAUGUUUAUGCUCAAAUGCAUAAUGAAAAAGAGCAGGAAAUGACUAGUCCUGUCAAUCACAGUGAAGACACACAGAACAUCAUCCAAGGGGAAGAGUAUAUUGAUGAUGAUUUGGAUUCCCAGACGCUAGGUAACGGAAGAGGUGGUCACUCUGCUGUAGUUCUCAGCAUAAAUUCCCGGGAAACGCACAAUUAUUUGAGCAGCUGAUGUUUGCUCUGGAUGAUGGGUUAAGACUCGGCUCCAUUUUAUUUUGUUGUUCCUGGGGAUGAGAGGAAGUGAGGCAGUGAAAUGAACUCCAGUGUGGUGAUGGGACAGUGGGCAAUCUUGCCUCCAAGAAUUACUAAGUCUUCAAUCAAGCAUCAGUGUGUUAAAGGCACCCUUACAGAGAGAAUGGAUUCACACUCAGACCCCUGAAGCUAUUUCUGCCAUGCCGAGACCUGCAUCCUGCUAUGAAUGAGAUCUGCCAGGAAGAAGAGCAAGCUGCCUUCAAUAAGUUGUUACUGUAUGUGAGCCUCUCCCUUUCCCCUUCUUGCAUCCUGUCUGAGAAAGAAAAUUACAUUGCAUAGCAUUUGCACCUUUCUGUAUGGACAGUCACAUUAUUUCCUUUCCAUUCCACUCUGAUGUUUUUGCAUCUAAAUUAAUUUUGUGAAGUGAUUUUAUAAAAAAAAGUAAAUAAGUUGUCGAUCCUUACUUAGGUUGUUAUACAAUUUAGUUUGAUCAAAUGUGCAAGAGUAAAUUUUUAUCUUCACCACCUUUUCUAGAACAAGAUGAAAAUUAUGCAUGUUCUUCAGUGGACCUGUGAUCCACCCUGCCAGAUGAGACCUUUCACAGGGUUAUAUAAAAAUUUAGCUCAUAGUUUUCCAGCUCAUUCUUAUGCUUUGUCAAUCUUUCAUGGAUUUUAAUUAACUUUUCAAUUAAUUUCCACAUUUUUUGACUUUUCCUUGAAAUCUGCAGUAACCUUUUACCCUGAAAUCUAAUGACUUCUACUGUCUGUGAUCCUGCAGUACCUGCUGUUAGUUGCAUGAGAUGAUUGGUGAAAGAGCAGAAGAGUGGAGCCAGUUGGAUGGUUUAUUUUAAAGAGCUGGCACAGACACACUGGGCUGAUUGACUCCUACUAUUCUGUAUGAUCAUGCUUUUGAAAAAUUGCAAACCUUUGCUGACCACCCUUCCAAACACUUCUGCUUUUAAGUUCACUAUUUAUAGUUGAGAAAAAUAGAAUUCUUGAAUUGUCAGGAAGUUUUCAGAGAUGAACAUAGAUGUGAGAAGAGGAAGUAUUAACAUUUUGGAUGGCAUCAUUAUGUUGUGAUCUGAUCAAAGCAUUUAAAAUGCAAGAAUUAUUGAAUAGGAUAGAUACAGUGAAAUUACUUUCACUGGUGGGAGUCAUCCAGAAUAAGGUGACAAUGUAGGCUAUGUUGAAGUAAAAUCGGCGAGUGCCUUUUCACGUAAAUAGUCAAGAUAUGGAAUAUAUUCCCCGUGAGACAAAUGCAGCUCUCUCACAGAGACUGAUAGGUUUUACUUGAUAAGGAUACUAUGUGAACUGGAGCAAGAGUAGGAAAUGGUUUUGAGGUUUAUGUCAGUCCUGAAUGGUUGAACAGGGUCAAGUGGUUGACUGGCCGCCUCUUGUUCCUAAUUUUUCUAUGCUGGGAUAGAAUGCACCAGAGAAACAGUUGAUAGGAUCUCCUCUGAUAUUAGCUGUAUUAACAAUUCUUUUAUAUAAUACUUUUCAGAUUAAUCCACCUCCACCAGAUGCAGCUGUUUGUCAAGUAUGCAAUGUAAUGUAGACUGUUCCUGAUAGCAAUAGUAUUAAAACUAUGGAAGCUUGAAGGAAUCCCUGGGGGAAUGUUCCAUUAUUUUAACUGAGUAUAUAUUCUAGCAUAUUUAAACAUUAUAGGUGUAAGCAGAAAGGCACAUUUCACCUUUAAAGAGUGUAGCUGUUAAUAUUAGUGCAUUGUUUGGUGUACGAUCAAUUCCUGUGACAUUGAAUAGUCUACUACAAAAGAUCCUGAAGUGGAGCCUGUUUUAUUUAACAUUAUCAUCUAAUUAUAUACGUAUGUCUAUUAGUGAUUGAUCCAACACCAGAUGUGAGUUUCCAUGUGUAUUUGGGCUGGAAUGGCUGGCUGUGUGACGCAGGCCACCUGAUGCUCUUUAAUUAUUUCACUGUGUAGUGGCUGUUUGUCUUGUCCAUUCUUUCUUGGAGUCAUAGAGUAAUACAGCAUGGAAGCAGGCCCUUCGGCCCAACUGGUCCAUGCCAACCACAGCAUCCUCCCCGCUAGUCCCAGUUGCCCGCGUUCGGCCCGUAAUCCUCCAAAUCCCUCCCCUCCAUGUACCUGUCGAAAUGCCUUUUAAAUGUUGCAAUUGUACCCGCCUCGAUCACAUCCUCUGGCAGCUCAUUCCAGGUACUCUCUACCAUAGAACCAUAGAACACUACAGUACAGAAAACAGGCCAUUUGGCCCUUCUAGUCUGUGCCAAAACUUUAUUCCAGUAGUCCCAUUGAAUGGCACCCAGUCCAUAACCCUCCAGACCUCUCCCAUCCAUGUAUCUAUCCAAUUUAUUCUUAAAACUUAAGAAUGAGCCCGCAUUUACCACGUCAGAUGGCAGCACGUUCCACACUCCCACCACUCUCUGAGUGAAAAAGUUCCCUCUAAUGUUCCCCCUAAAUCUUUCCCCUUUCACCCUAAAGCCAUGUCCUCUGGUACUUAUCUCACCUAAUCUACGUGGAAAGAGCCUACUCGAAUUUACUGUCUAUACCCCUCAUAAUUUUGUAAACCUCUAUCAAAUGUCCCCUCAUUCUUCUGUGCUCCAAGGAAUAAAGCCCUAACCGGUUCAAUUUUUCCCUGUAACUCAAUUCUUGAAGACCCAGCAGCAUUCUAGUAAAUCUUCUCUGCACUCUUUCAAUCUUACUGAUAUCCUUCCUAUAGUUAGGUGAACAGAACUGCACACAAUACUCCAAAUUUGGUCUCACCAAUGUCUUAUACAACCUCACCAUAACAUCCCAACUCCUAUACUCAAUACUUUGAUUUAUGAAUGCCAGGAUGCCAAAAGCCUUCUUUACAACCCUGUCUACCUGUGACGCCACUUUAAGGGAAUUACGUAUCUGAACUCCCAGAUCCCUUUGUUCCUCCGCACUCCUCAGUGCCCUACCAUUUACUGUGUAUGUCCUACCUUGAUUUGUCCUUCCAAAAUGCAACAACUCACACUAGUCUGCAUUAAGUUCCACCUGCCAUUUUCUGGCCCAUUUUUCCAAUUGGUCCAGAUCCCUCUGCAAGCUUUGAAAGUCUUCCUCACUGUCCACAACGUCUCCAAUCUUAGUGUUAUCAGCAAACUUGCUAAUCCAAUUUACCACAUUAUCAUCUAGAUCAUUGAUAUAGACAACAAACAACAAUGGACCCAGCACAGAUCCCUGAGGCACACCACUAGUCACAGGCCUCCAGUCUGAGAAACAACCAUCCACUACCACUCUCUGUCUUCUCCCACACAGCCAAUUUCAAAUCCAGUUUACAACCUCUCCGUGGAUACCUAGUGUCUGAACCUUCUGAACUAACCUCCCAUGUGGAACCUUGUCAAAGGCCUUACUAAAGUCCAUGUAAACAACAUCCACAGCCUUUCCUUCAUCUACUUUCUUGGUAACCUCCUCGAAAAACUCUACAAGAUUCAUUAAACAUGAUCUACCACGCACAAAGCCAUGCUGACUAUCCUUAAUCAGCCCUUGGCUGUCCAAAGAACACCUUCCAAUAAUUUACCUACUACUGAUGUCAGGCUUACUGGCCUGUAAUUACCUGGUUUACUUUUAGAGCCUUUUUUAAACAAUGGAACAACAUGAGCUACCCUCCAGUCCUCUGGCAUCACACCCGUGGCUAAGGACAUUUUAAAUAUAUCUGCCAGGGCCCCUGCAAUUUCUACACUAGUCUCUCUCAAGGUCUGAGGAAAUAUCAUGUCGGGCCCAGGGGAUUUAUCUACCUUUAUUUGCUGUAAGGCAGCAAGCACCGCCUCCUAUUUAAUCUCUAUAUGUUCCAUGACACUACUGCUUGUUUCCCUUCCUUCCAUAUCCACUAUGCCAGUUUCCUGAGUAAAUACUGAUGCAAAAAAACUCUCCCCUAUCUCCCCUAUCUCCUGAGGCUCCACAUCUAGCCGACCACUCUGAUCUUCUAGGGGACCAAUUUUGUCCCUUACUAUCCUUUUACUCUUCAUAUACUUGUAGAAACCCUUCGGGUUUACCUUCACAUUAUCUGCCAGAGCAACCUCCUGUCUUCUUUUUGCUUUCCUGAUUUCCUUUUUUAGUAUUUUCUUACUUUUUCUAUACUCUUCAAGUACCUCAUUUGUUCCUAGUUGCCUAUACCUGCUAUACACCUCUCUCUUUUUCUUAACCAGAUCGCCGAUAUCCCUUGAAAACCAAGGUUCCCUAUGCCUGUUAGCUUUGCCUUUAAUCCUGGCAGGAACAUGCAAACUCUGCACUCUCAAAAUUUCACCUUUGAAGGCCUUCCACUUACUGAACACAUCCUUGCCAGAAAUCAACUUAUCCCAAUCCACUCUUCCUAGAUCCUUUCUCAUUUCCACAAAAUGGGCCUUUCUCCAAUUUUGAACCUCAACUCGAGGACCAGACCUUCUCCAUAAAUUAACUUGAAAUUAAUAACAUUAUGGUCACUGGACCCAAAAUGUUCACCUACACAUACUUCUGUCACCUGACCUGUCUGGUUCCCUAAUAGGAGAUCAAGUAUUGCAUUCUCUCUUGUUGGUACCUCUAUAUUUAGAAAACUUUCCUGAACACAUUUGACAAACUCCAGGCCAUCCAGCCCUUUUACAGUGUGGGAGUCCCAGUCAAUAUGUGGAAAGUUAAAAUCCCCUACUAUUACAACUUUCUGUUUCUUACAUCAGUCUGCUAUCUCUCUACAGAUUUGUUCCUCCAAUUCUCUCUAACUAUUGGGCGGCCUGUAAUAUAACCCUAUUAGUGUGGUCACACCUUUCCUGUUCCUCGGCUCCACCCAUAUGGCCUCAGCAGAUGAGCCCACUGGGCUGUCCUGUCUACACACAGCUGUGAUAUUUCCCCUGACUAGUAAUGUCACACCUCCCCCUUUCGUCCCUUCUCCUCUAUCACGUCUGAAACAAUGGAACCCCGCAACCAAGUCUCACUAAUAGCAAUAAUGUCAUAAUCCCAUGUGCCAAUCCAUGCCCUAAACUCAUCUGCUUUAUCGACAGUACUCCUCGCAUUGAAAUAGAUGCACCUGAGAACAUUUCUAUCAUGUACAAACCUUCGAUUUCCAUCAGAACAUGCUGUCCUCACAUGACCUUUAACCUCCUCCACUUCACUAUCUGCUCUAACACUCUGGUUCCCCUCGCCCUGCAAAUCUAGUUUAA